GCAGCAACACUGAGAAAGAUACACACCGAUGAAUGGUGCUGCACCAACAAGCACUUGGAGGGAGGGAAGAAAGUCAGUCUCAACCAACCGACUCUACUGAUCUGAUCUCAACCAACUGAACUGAACUGAACUGAACUCUCGCUGCUGAGCAGAACGAGUCGACUGCCUGGCGCACGUCCGUCCAGUCAGGCAGGCAUUUCUUUAUAUGCAUGCACGUAUGCAUCCCCCCUCCAUAUGUCUCUCUUACAACAGACAGACAGACAGGCGGACGGACGGACAGACAGAAGAAAGAGAGGACAGGCAGGUCAGCCGCCGAGUGAGUGAGGGAGUGUGAGGGAGUGUGUGUGGUGUCCGUGUGUGGUGUGUGUCUAUGCGGCGGCCUUCUCCGUGGCGUUGGUGGCCGUCCCUGCUGUCGGUGCCGCACCGCCGGGCGGGGCGGCGCCCGUCGCCGUCUUGGGCGCGUUGGGGUCGAAGUUCGCUGCGGCGGACACACACAGACCACACACAACACAACACAACACAGUAGCCAAUUUCGCUCUCUCUCUCAGAGUGUUUGGUGUCUGGUGUGUUGUGUUGUGUUGUGUUGGUUGUCGUACCGAAAGACCUGACUCUUGCCAUGGGCGACUGGUCUGGUGCGGGUCGCUCGGCGUCCUCGAGCUUCCAAAUGAUCUGGCCGUACUCCUUGAUGGAACGGUCAGUCGUGAACUUGCCCAUACUCGCGGCGGCCUGAUUGAUCAAAGAAAGGCCCAGUGGAUGGAGCAACAGAUGCACCGAUGGCCGGUGUGGGUGGGUGGGUGUGCGUCAAUCAUCAUGUGACUCGCCUUGAUGGACGUCUUGAUCCAGUUGGUCUGGUCUUUGUACAGCGCGUCCACCUGCUCGUUGGCCUGCACACACACCACACACACCACACCACACAGAUCCGUGUGUGUGUAUGUAUGCAGCAGCAGCAGCUGCUGCUGUGUGGUUGGCCUUGACCCACCUUGCAGUAUGAGGGGAAGUCGUGGCAGAGGAUGUAGAAGUCGCCGUUGUACCCUCCGCCGUUGUUCCUGAUCUUCUCAAUCUGUCACCCACACACACAAACACAAACACCACACACACAACAGACAUGCAGUCCCUCCCUGCCUCUCUCCCUCUCCCUCCCUUGCUACCAGUCCGACGAACUCCGAGUGCGCCUCUCCGUCUCCGAGUGAGAAUUUGCCGCUGACGAUGGCGUCCAUGACCUCCCGCAGCUCAGCGCUGAUGGGGUAGUUGCCGUUCUUGGCCUUCUCACGGAUGCCGGCCACCUCGGGCUCCAACGCGCCAAAGAUGAACAUCGUGUCCUACACACAACAGACAGACAGACAGUGGGGGGUGGGCGAGAGGGGUGGCAGGUGUGAAGGGUCAAGGUACCUACCUCUCCGCAUUCCUCCCUGAUUUCGACGUUGGCUCCGUCCAUGGUGCCGACGAUGAGCCCGCCGUUCAUGACGAAUUUCAUGUUGCUCGUGCCCGACGCCUCGGUGCCGGCCGUCGAGAUGUGCUGAGAUAUGUCUGAUGGAGGGAUGAAUGGAUGGAUGGAGGCACAGAGGGACAGAGGGACAGAUGGGUGGAGCAAAUAACACCGCGUGUGUGGUUGGCGCUGACCUGAUGCGGGGAUGAUGGUCUGGGCAUUGGACACGUUGUAGUUGGGCAUGAACACACACUGACAGACAACCGGGGACACACACAGAGACAAAUGGACACACACAAACGAAAAGGCCACAAACGAACGGGGCAGCAACCCACCACACAACACGCCACACACUCUUGUGUGCCACCCAGCCGACCUUGAGGUACUUGGAUGUGUCCGGGUCGUUGUUGAGGACGAGGCCGAUGUUGUUGCAUAGCUUGAUGAUGGUCUUGGCCACGGCAUACCCGGGGGCCGCCUUGCCGCCGAUCAGACACGCACGCUUGACCUGCUUAUCGCGGUCGCCGGGGCUCAUCUUCUUCAGCUUGAAGUAACUGCGUCACACACACACACACACACGGGUCAUGACCCACACAGAGAGGAGUGAGUGUCUGUCUGCCUCUCUGUCUGUCUGUCUGUCUGUCUGUCCGUGUGUGUGGGAAGGGGGAUGUUACCGACCGGUGGAUGAUGUAGAAGCAGUUGAUGAGCUGUCUCUUGUACUCGUGGAUGCGCUUGACCUGGAUGUCGAACAGCAUGUUCUCGGGGUCCAAGUCGAUGUCGCAAUUCAACUUGAUCUACACAACACAACACAACGCAGGCCCACACAGCGGAAACAGAGAGACAGACAGAGUUAUCUGCCUGCCUUUGAUGUCGUGUGGUGUGUGUGUGUACCCAUUUGGUGAGUUUGACUUUGUUCUGCUUCUUGACGUCAGCCCACUGCUUCUGCAACUCAGUGCUGUCCUGUGCACAUCACACACACACACACACACAUGGAGCCCAGUGUGUCUGUGUGGUUGAGUGGACCCGUACGAGGUGGUUGACGAGUCCCUGGAGCAUGGUGAGUUCCUUGAGCCAGCUGUCGGACCCCAGCCACUCGCUGAACAAGUUGGACAAGCCACGGUUGGCGCAGUGAAUCCUACACACACACACACGCACACACAGACAUACACACGAGAUGAUAGCCAGCCGCACGAGAAGGCGUGUGUGUACCAUCUCCGGGGCGUGACGCCGUUGGUGACGUUGACGAACUUGUCGGGCUGGCCCUUGGCCUGGUCAUCGACACACACACCCAUACACAGAUGGGAUGCAUCCACGCAUCUCCCUGUCUGUCUGUCUGUCUGUCUGUGUCUUGUAUGUGACGGUGGGUGGGUAGGUGGGUACUGGACCUUGUAGUAGUCGACGAACUCCGGGAAGAGGUCCUUCUUGACGAGUUCCGAGUGGAUGGCUGCCACGCCGUUGACCUUGUUGGAACCGAUCACCGCCUGAUCCACCCAUCCAAUGUGACGCAACACCGCCCGCACAGCACACAGGUGACCCUGCUUGCUUGGUGUGUGUGUGGAGGGGGGGGCAGUACCUACCAUGUUAGCCAUUCGGAUCAUCUUCUCGUAUCCCUCUUGGUAGAUGGACAUUUUGGAGAGUUUCUCGCCGACGUCGCCCCACGACUCGCGCACCUCACACAGGAACUUGUAGUUGAUGUCGUUGAUCAACAGCAGAUGGCUGACAGACACAGACAGACAAAGAAACAAACAGAGAGAGAGGGAUGUCGAGUGCACUGUGUGGUGAUUUGAUGGCUCUGUGGCUGCCCUACCGCGGAAGCAGUUUCUCGAUGAGGUGUGCGGGCCAUUUCUCGAGGGCCUCGGGCAGCACCGUGUGGUUGGUGUAGUUGAAGCACUACACACACACAUCCACACACCACUCCUUGCCGUGCGUGUGCAUCCCUCUCUCCCAACCUCCCUCUCUCGGUGUGUCCGCACCGACCUGUCUCGUGAGGUCCCAUGCCUUGUCCCAGUCGAGCCCCUCGAUGUCGAUGAGGAGGCGCAUCAUCUCAGGGAUGGCGAUGGUCGGGUGGGUGUCGUUGAGCUGGAAACACACCUUGGACGGCAGCUCGUCCCAACUGCGGCCCUCCUUCUUCUUGAACCUGAUGAUCAAUGGAUGAUCAACCCACACACACUUGUUGGUGUGUUGGUGUGUGUGAUUGUUGGCCGGUGCGGUGUGGUGUGGUGUGCGGCACGUGCCUUCUGAGGCAGUCCUGGAUGGUGGCGCAGACGAAGAAGUACUGCUGCUUCAGACGCAACUCCUUCCCCUCCCACCUGACCAAACACACACACACGUCUCCAUCUGGGCACUAGGGUGUGUGAGUGUUUACGUGUUGUCGUUGGGGUAGAGGACGGCCGAGAUGUACUCGGCACGCUGGCGCUCCUUGACAGCCUGCAGACCACACAGGAUCGACAUACACACACACACACACACACAGAGGGAGGGAGGGAGGGAGGGAGGGAGAUGACCACAAUGGUGGCGUGGGAGUGCAUUGUGUGCAGUGUGCGUACGUCGAGGAACUGGCCACGGUUGAAGGCAUGGAAGUCAAACUCCUUGCCGGGACACGCUGCAUCCAACACGCAACACACACACACACACACAGAUGGAUGGAUGGGAUCCCCUCACCCUCUCCCUCUCUCUCUUUGGCAAGGCACGCACCUUUCCAGAGUCUGAGGUUGAUGGUGUUGUACGUGUCGAAUCCCGGGAUGGGGUUGUCGUACGCCAUGGCCUGCACGAUCUCGCCGCCCGUCCAGCGGUGCCGCUCGCGACCCUUGUCGUCCUUGUAAGUGUCCACGUGACUGACACACAACACAACACAAUACACACACAAAGAGCCGCCGAUAAGUGGAGCGGACUCAUGUGGUGUGUGGUGUGUGUGUUGCCCCUCCAUCAAUGCAGUGGCUCACGCACGCACCCGUAGAACCGCACGGCGUAGGUGACGUCGGGUCGCUCGAUUUCCCAUGGGUUGGCGGUGACGAGCCAGUAGUCCGGGUGCUCCACCUGACGGCCCUCGACGAUCUUCUGCUCGAAGAUGCCGUACGUGUACCUGACACACACACCAAGGCAGCCCAUCUGUCUGUCUGUCUGUCUGUCUGUCUGUUGUCUGUCUGUGUUGUGUGUGUGCGAACUAGCCUGAUGCCGUAGCCCCAGACGGCAUAGUUGAGCGUGGCCAUGGAGUCGAGGAAGCAGGCAGCCAGACGGCCCAGACCGCCAUUGCCCAGCGCCGGGUCGUGCUCGUGCUCAUACAACUCCUCCUGAGGGAGGGAUCGAUCCAUCAACCAGCCAACACCAUGUUAGCCACCGACUGGCGAGUGAGUGAGUGUCUGUGUGUGUGUACCAGGUUGUAUCCGAUGUCUGCGAGUGCCUUCUUGUAGUUGGGCUCGAUGUCCAAAUUCACCAACGCGUUCUGCAUCGCUGCACAACACAACACAACACAACACACAACACACAGGACAACACACACCACACUCUCUCUCUCUCUCUGUGUGUGUGUGUGUGUGUGUGUGUACCCCUUCCUAGCAGGAACUCUAGGGAGAGGUAGUAGCACCUCUUGACGUCCUUGGCCGUGAAGAACUCGUUGGUGUCGUUGAAGGUCUCGAUCAGCCGGUCGCGGAUGCUGAAGGCCGUCGCACGGUAACACUCCUCCGUCGCAAAACUGAACCGCGUCGCCGCCAACGUGUACUCCUAAACACACAAAACAAAUCACAAACCAAACCACGCAUCAUAACACACCACACCACACCACACCCCGCCAGAGAGGGGCAGGUACUCGACACAAGUGCCCACGCACUACACCAUCCAUCCAUACCACGUGGUUGACGAUUCCCCUCUGGAUGGAGCCGACGUCCGGUCCGAGGUAGUACUCCAUGAGCUGCCAUAUCUUGUUGCGCUUGGCGUCGGCGUUGGGGUCGAAGUCCUUCUGGUGCAUCCCCGCCAUGUCUCGAGGCACGGCGCCCGUCAACUUGGAGAACGAUGCCUUGCGCAUCAUCUCAAAGUUGUGGUCAGCGUGAGGGUCAAAGGCCAUGGUGCUCAAAGUGAGGGGAGAGAGGGAGGGAGGCAGUCACAGACGGACGCAGCCUCGCAGUCAGGAGGCUCUCACAGUCACGGUCAAGAGAGCAAGGGAGGCAGCCAGGCAGGCAGGUGACAACCCUGACACAGACACACAGACAACACACAGACGCCAUUCAAGCCGAGCGGCGUGUAGUGGUGCAGGCAAACACGGGGCAGACCGGCAGACAGCCGGCCACACCCGCAAGCACCCCACCCCACCCUUGUGACGAGCCCGUGUGUGGUUGUCUCUCUGUGUGUGUCUGGCUGCUCACCACUGCUGCUCGCACCAAACGCUGUAAAACCACGCACAGGAGCCGACCAAACACACUCCCAG